GGUCCAAGGUAUUCUUUUUUCCUUCUGGAUUUUCUUUCAACCCUCCAUUUAAGUACUGCAUUUUUCUGGUGUUUGGAGUUCUUGGAUUCUUGUGUUAUCAAUGUAUUUUGGGGCUAAUUGAGAUCAUAUCGGAAUUGGGCUUCCCGAUUUUCUGUCAAGAUUUUGUUUUGGGGGUUAUCCUCGAUUUUAUUUCCUCGUUGUGAAUUUCCCUAUUUAUUCUUGAUUAUUUUAGGUGGCUUCUUGAGCGAUUCAAUUUUAGGGUUUAUACUUUGCUUCCUGUGAAUCCGAUCCGAAAAACGUGGCCUUUUUAGUGUUCUCAUGUGUAAAGUGCUUUGCUUUGUUGCGAGGAUCCUGUUUGGGAUUGUAUCACGCGGUAGUUUCGCAAAGCAGCUGCUGAGAGUACACAUUUUACACUCUCACGCAAUCUGCGAUGGCAACAAAUGAGAACCUUCCUCCAAAUGUCAUAAAACAACUCGCGAAAGAACUUAAGAAUCUCGAUGAAACCCCUCCAGAAGGCAUUAAAGUUGGCGUAAAUGAUGACAACUUUUCAGUUAUAUUUGCUGAUAUUGAAGGCCCGGCUGGGACGCCGUAUGAGAAUGGCGUUUUCCGGAUGAGGUUGAUAUUGUCACAGGACUUCCCACACUCUCCUCCAAAAGGCUAUUUCAUGACCAAGAUUUUUCAUCCUAAUAUUGCAUCCAAUGGUGAGAUCUGUGUUAAUGCAUUGAAGCGAGACUGGAAUCCAACUCUUGGCUUACGGCAUGUUUUGACUGUGAUCAGAUGCUUGCUGAUCGAACCAUUUCCAGAGUCGGCUCUGAACGAGCAGGCUGGCAAGAUGCUGCUAGAAAAUUACGAUGAGUAUGCCAGACACGCGAGGAUUUUCACUGGAAUACAUGGUAUGAAGCCGAAGCCGAAGCUGAAAUCUGGAGCAAUUUCCGAGCCGGAUGCGUUGAACGUGGACCAGACUAAUGCCUCGGCAAAGUGUGCCGAUCAAAAGAUUGCCAUAUCCGGUGGUGCUCCCCCGUUGCCCUCACCGUUGGCCCCCAAACCAGAGAACGGGCAAGAUCUGUCAGCAGGAAUGCCGUCGUCGGCUGAGAUAGGAGUGAGUGGAUCGAAAGCAGCUCCGACGACGCUGAAGAAGGAGGCCGCACUGGCGAAGGUUCCGGUGGACAAGAAGAAGAUAGAUGCUAGGAAGAAAAGCUUGAAGAGAUUAUGAAACAUCGUAUCGACUUCUUGUGUCUUUUCACUUUUGUUUAUCAAUUUGUUCUCUUGUACUAUAUUUAGAUGGGAGCUUUGGAUAAUAUAACUCCUUGUUCCUUUUCUAUAUGCCCUUUCCUUUGCUUUCUUGAUAGUUUGAAAAGUAGGGUAUAUAUAAAUGCUACAUUUGGUGAAAUAUAAUUAAAUACUCGUGGUUUAUUUACCUA